AUGUUCAAAAAUGAGACGGAAAAGCAUCGCAGUGAACGCGAGAAACUAAAACGCAAGUCGACCGUUGGUAGAAGUGACCACGACGUUGUUGUCUGCUUCAGUCAUAACCGCGCCUUGGACGUGACAAAGAUCAACUUUCAGGAGCAUUGCCCGGUUGAUGGGCGGCGCGGAGAACCCGUUUUCACUAUCAAAACAGAUGUAUGCGAAAAUGUCGUUGAGAUCGGUAAAGAACUGUCCGGCAUUGACGAAGGAUACGACUAUGCCAUUGUUAUUGUUGACCGUGGAACGGGUUCAACAACAUAUAGACCGGCACGCUUGUACAGUUUCCAGGCGACCUACUCCUCGGACAUUCCGCAAAUGGUUGGAGAGAAAAGAAGUGCUCCUGUGGACUAUAGUGCAUCCUACGAUAUCAAGUCUGAAGACUGGGCAAAGAAGCGCAUCGAUUUGACCUCUGACUUUGGAUCUUCAAAGAAACUUAAGAUACAAGAAGCGUCGAUUCGAAGACAAAUAAACACUGAGACGCUAGAUGCAAUGCGCAAGACAGCUUUCGCCUCAACAAGCGUUCUGGCGGAUACAGAAGACAUCAAGAAAGAACAGAUUAGUUUAGUGGUCAAGGCAGAGUCGUCAAUUCUCCCUCACGCUCAGCCUGCAGAAUUGCCGCGGAACAUUUAUCCUGUUUCAACGUUCGUAACGAACGAAGAAAUGGAACUAUUGGGUGCAUCUGCUGUCGAGUUUUUCUCUUCAUCAAAGAAAGAACUCUUGGAGAAGGGUUGCCCUGAGGUAGUGGUAAAGAUGCUGCCUAGUUCAGUGAGUAGUAAUCCGUCCAAUGCGGUCGCAUUUGCAUUACUGGGUUGCAUGACCUACCUGACUGCCCUGUUUUCGCAGAAAUCUGUUUUGAGGACUGAUUUCAACAAAACACCUUUCCCUUCAGAAUUCGUUCGAAAAAUCAUGUCGGAUUUUGUUAGUGCUCAGUGGGAUAGAGGACCUAAUGGCCGCACGCCUGCUCGACUAGCUGUGUCCACGGAUGAAAAGGACAAGCUCAUAGCUCAUUUACUGGCUUUGGCUCUCACUCUCAGUCCCAGCUGCUCUCUGCCUAUCACACCAUGGCAAAAUGCCUUGAGACGGUCGUCACGGUUUCUGGAGAAGAUUUUCGUCGGUCUCGGCUGCGAUAUUGUGCAGUGUACCGUGGAGGAAGCUGCGAGAACAGAAUCGCUCCGAGCUGCUCGUCUACUUCGACCGCCCUCUAAAGAAGGGCCUAAGCCAUCAUUGCAGUUACUUGUUAGGUGA